UGUUCCAAUAAUUUUAGGAAUCAUGAAUAAUACACAUUUAAGCAUCUAUUAUUUAAACAGGGGAGAUACAGAAAGAGUCAAAAGAGAUUCUUUCUCAAGCGAAGGUGAUGAAGUUUGGACACCGUCUCUUUGCACAAGUGAAAGUGAAAGUAGCCACAGUGACAGUGAUGAAUCUAUUGCACAGGUUCAGAUAUCGUUAGACAGAUCAAUCAAGGAUAUCUUGUCUUCAAGUACCACCGACAAGAAACCUUCGCACUCGUACAUCGCUAUGAUUUCAAUGGCAAUACUGAGUAAACCGAGCAAGAAAAAAUUGCUGAAUGAUAUAUAUCAAUACAUAAUGGAUAAUUUUCCCUUCUACAAUAACAAAGAAAAAGCAUGGAGGAACAGCAUACGUCAUAAUCUUUCUCUCAACGAAUGUUUCGUGAAAAAUGGCCGGUCUGAUAACGGCAAAGGCAACUAUUGGUCUGUUCACUUAGCAUGUAUUGAGGAUUUUGCAAAAGGAGACUUCAGGCGUCGAAAUGCAAGGCGAAGAGCAAGAAAAAGUUCUGUAAAAACCGUCGAUGGCUCAUCCAAUCAAUUCUACACACGUAGUAAUAACGGAUAUGUACCAAUGACAUCAUCUCCAAUUGGAUUUCAUCCAUACUCAAUGAAAGGAUCCCUUAUGCAUACAAAACCUUACAACUCACAUCAAAAUACUCAGUCUCCUAUAUCUACAUUCGGAACGACAAGAACGCAAUUGCCAGCAGUCAUGCAGUCAUUCGGAAGCGAUCCACUGUUUCCAGUUUCUCAAUCCUUAUCAGGAGGGCACUCAUUCAUUGUACCAUCCACAUACUGUACAUUGUCAUCAUUCAAACCGAGCUCUAAUGUUUUUUAUUCAUCUUGUCAGAUACAGAAAGAGUUUUCUGCUUGGUGAUUUUAAUUUAUCUCACAAUACCAAGUGUGAGUUUAAAAUUUUGCUGGUUUUGAAUAAUUGAAAAUUAUCAUGCAGUAUGGCCGAGCCAAGUAAAGAUACUAGACAAUUUGUAUACGUCAGCAGCGUUGACUUACAUAAUUGUU